AUGGCCAAUUCCCAAUCAGUCAGUUUCGAGGACGAAAUCAUCAAUUACGAUGACGAUCCGCUGGACAGUAAUCACCGUCAGCCACAUCAGUCUCAACACAGCUACUACAACGACUCGGAUGACAGCUUGUAUGCUCCCUUGCAACAGCAGCAACAGCAGCAACAGCAGCAGAAAUCCAAUGUGUUCCAGCAACGCCGCUCUGGUCCAAUGCCUCAUUCCAACGAAAUCAUAGAUCAAUCUCGUUCCCAUGACGCUGAAAAGGUCGUUGAGGUGUCGCCCAACGAGCGCUAUGUUCGCCUUAAUACACUACUAGGUAAAGGUGCUUACAAGGUGGUAUACAAGGCUAUUGACCGAGAAGAAGGGUACGAGGUAGCAUGGAACACCAUGCAAGCGACCAAAUCCAUCGACAACAAGGAAAUGGAGCAUGAGAUUGGCAUCCUCAAGUCUGUGCGCCAUCCCAACAUCAUUGCCUUCCAUGAUGCUUGGUAUCAAAAGAACGAAUUUGUGUUUGUGACCGAAUUGAUGACCUCUGGCACGCUGCGAGAGUACAUUCGCAAAUUAAGCUUGCCCAAUAUCAAGAUUGUGAAGCGUUGGUCUCGCCAGAUUCUCAAGGGAUUGGCGUAUUUGCAUGGCUACAACCCCUCCAUCAUUCACCGCGACAUCAAAUGCGACAACAUCUUUAUCAAUGGUGCUCACGGCGAAGUCAAGAUUGGCGAUAUGGGUACGGCCGAGAUGAAGAUGGGCAAAAAGUACACCAUCAUUGGCACUCCCGAGUUCAUGGCGCCUGAAAUGUAUGAGGAGCAAGGUUACAAUGAAAAGGUCGACAUUUACGCAUUUGGCAUGUGUUUGCUGGAAAUGGUGACAGGCGACUAUCCCUAUGGCGAAUGUAAGAAUGCUGCUCAAAUCUACAAAAAGGUGUCUUCUGGAGUUAAACCAGCUAGUCUGUUGGAAGUUCAAAAUGAAGAAGUUCGUAAAAUCAUUGACAACUGUCUAGGCGAAGAGGACAAGAGAAUGUCUGCUCAAGAGAUACUGGAACACACCUUUCUUGCUGUUGAACCCGAUGUCGUUUUGCUCGCUGCUGACCCAGCUCACGUCCAUUUGACGCUCCAAGUUGUCUUUAAGGGCAUGGAUAAACUUUCAGUCAAGUUUGAUUUUAAUGUCGAGACGGACACUGCUGAACAAGUGGUUCGUGAGAUGAUUGAAGAGCAAGUGCUUCCCGAGCGAUAUCAGCAUCACAUCACCAAGGAGAUCAAUCGCAUACUGAGAGACAUUGAGAAGCCUAGCAACAGCGGAGGAGACAACGAUCAGGACGACCAAAGCAAGGAGUCUGUAUGGAGACGCGAGAGCGAUAUCAGAUCCGAGCUGGAAAGAACACGCGAAGAGUUGGAUAGAGCGGCUGAGCAUAUGUUGGAAGUAGAAACCAGAUGUGAUGGCUAUGAAUGCCGUGCCCGUGAGGCUGAAAUUCGAUAUCGUGAUGCUAUCCGUAGUCUGCGUGAAAUCAAGGAAACGCAACAACUGUCAACUGAACAAUUGGAAGUGCUGAAAAAGAAUCCUCGUUUCAACCAUGACUUGAAGAUUGACACGUCUCGCCUUAAGCGUGCCGAUAAUGCCACCACCACUGCUGUUCGGCUUGCAUCCGUCUUUAAUGACCCUGCUCCACCUCAAAGUGCAUUAUCGACGGGUAGUAAUGGAAGUGUCAAGAGCGAGCCUGCCAAGCGAUCGGAUCGUGUGUAUGAUUCGCCCUCUCCUCCAUUGACCGCCAACAUUACACGUGAAGCCCUUGUGUCUAGAAUCCUCGAAGAAUAUGCCGAUGACACUGACAUUGAAUUAUUCGUACGGGAUUGUGCAAUUGCAAGCCAUCGUAAUAUUGAAAAAGCACAUGAAUGGGCCAACAAACUAAAGAAUCAGGAUAUCAUGACGGUGGGUGACCUUCGUGAUUUGCACGAUGAAGAUUGGAGUGGUAUUGGUUUGACUGUAUUUGCUUUGCGUGCACUCAAGAACAUGCUCAAGGGUAAAAAGCAAGCUACGAUUGCAGUCAACAACAGUAGCAGCAGUGCUAACGGAACGCCAUCUAACUCUGCUCCCAGUUCUGCCCGUGUAUCUCCUCCUUUGUAA